AGUUCAUGCCUGGUCGUAAUCACUAAUCUUCACUAUUCACUACUUACUUGAGAGUAGUGGGUGCGGUUGUUCCUUUGACGCCCAUCACAAAUUUUUCUCAAUCUGGGCAUUAUUUGAUUUCUCGAUCUCUGCCCAAGGCGAUUCAAGAUGGGAAUGUGGAUCAAUUCUGGUCUUGUUUACGAUGACGGCAUUUGGAAAACUGAUUAAAUCCUCAGCAGCGGAUGAAGAAGAGCUGUCUAAAGAUCGCAUUGCCUCCUUUGCCUGGGAAGAUAUUGCAGGUUCAAUGUAUAGGGAUACAUACUCUGAGACUAUCAUUGCGCAUAGCUGAAGUGGUUCCCAUACCAAAUGUCAAGGACUCUUGUUGCGGCAUUAAUUGGAGGUGCCGCAGGAGCCGUGGCUUUGGUGGGGAUGGUAAUAGUAUUUCUAUGGUUCUGCCUGUCUCAAAACAGGAGCGUUUCAAGAACCUCUGAGACCGGUUCAUCUGAUCCAUCUGUUCAAGUGGGAAGAAAUGUUGGAGUUGAGAUGUCUUUAGCAGGAGGUAUAACUCUUCCACCUGAGUCACGUGAAGCUAGGAGUUUUCCAAUGGAAGAUUUGGCUUUGGCUACAAAGAACUUUAGUGAUAUUAAUUUGAUUGGAGAAGGAAAAUUUGGCAAGGUGUAUAAAGGUUUACUUUAUGAUGGAAUGAUUGUGGCCAUAAAAAAGCGACCUGGGAUGCCAACUCGGGAAUUUUUUGAGGAGGUGCGUUAUCUGGCAUCUAUUCAGCAUCGAAAUCUUGUCAGCCUUCUCGGGUACUGCCAGGAAAAUAGUCUGCAAAUGCUUAUCUACGAGUAUAUACCCAAUGGAAGUGUUUCUAGUCACUUAUAUGGUAUGGGUCAGGUUUCCCAUGAGAAGCUUGAAUUCAAGCAUAGACUUUCAAUAGCUCUAGGGGCAGCAAAAGGUUUGGCGCACCUUCACUCAUUGAGCCCCCGUUUGGUACAUAAGGAUUUCAAAACAGCCAAUGUUCUAGUAGAUGAAAAUUUCAUUGCUAAGGUUGCAGAUGCUGGACUCCGCAAUUUACUUGGUGGAGUAGAUGUUGCAGGUCCAUCUUCUCAAAUGAUGGCUGAUGAUAUAUUCCUUGCUCCAGAGGUGAAAGAAUUUGGAAGAUUCUCGGAAAAAAGUGAUGUCUACAGCUUUGGGGUAUUCAUGCUGGAGCUGGUGGGCGGGCGCGAAGCAGAUCAAUCUGUGUCUUCUGAACCUGAUCAAAACUUGGUUGAAUGGGCACAAAAUUAUCAGGACUCGAGCAACAUAUCCUCAAUCAUUGAUCAAAAGCUGGGCAGCAGUUUCACAACUGAAGGCAUGAAAGAGUUCAUACAGCUGUCCAUCCAUUGUGUGGACUUCUCUAGUGAAAGGAGGCCCAACAUGAACCAUGUGGUCGCAGAACUCGAUCGGAUACUUGAUAAAGAAAUGAACCUGACAACAGUCAUGGGUGAAGGCACCCCAAUUGUGACUCUUGGGAGCCAGUUAUUUACUGCUACAAGAUAAGAGAGUUAUUAUAGCUUUGCGUAUUGUUUAUGUGAUCUUUAUUUAUGUGAUUUUUUUGAAUUAUUCUUUGAGAUUUAGAGUAGAAAAUCCAGCUGUUUGAAAAGUGUAUAAAAGAACAGCUGUAAAUUUUUAUUUUUUUUUUAAUUUCUUUUUUACCCAUAAAUGUAUGAGAAUUCAUAUUGUACAACAUUAAUUUUUUCUUGGAAAUAUCAGUUUGCAGAUUGGAGUUA